UUAGAUGGUUAUUUCUUUGAAUAAACUAUUUAUUUACGAAAUGAUUAAUUUACGGACAUCUUCUGAUUAAUUAUACAAAGAUGUACAAACUUUGUUUAACAUCAGUUAGAAAACGGAUCUCCUCGCAUGGUGUUUUAUUAAUGCCAAAACAAAUAAUUAUGCAGAGUUCAAUAAGGUUGUGCUCUUACUGUAAUUUCUAUCAUGGGAAAGUAUCAAAAAUAAUGCACCAUCAAAUUCGUAAUAAUGCUACAACGGUAAAGCUAUCAAGUGAUUCUACAAUAAAGAAAAAAGUUAAGCAAAGGUCAAAAAAAUAUUCUGAAUUAUUGGAAGUAUCAGAUAAAGUAACACAGAAUAAAAGAACUACAGGAAAAGAUCUAAGAGUCUCUAAUAUAUUUAAGCUUGUGGAUCAACCUGAUAAUGAAAUGGAUGAAUUGCACGAAAUCAAUGAUACAUAUCCAAAACAUAUAAAUAAGGACGACUAUGCGUUUUACAACAAUAAUAUUGACUACAAUAUUGAAGACACGACACUGUCUAACAACAUAAUAAAUUGUGAAGACCUCUAUGAUGAUAUAGAAGAAUCUGACAAAUUUAAGAAAGGACCUUUAAAUAAGAAAGGAAAUAAAACUAUGAACACAUCCAAGAUGAAGAAAGAUUCUCAGGACAUACAAAAGAAUUCUGCAACAGUUAUUAACGAAAGAACUGUGGAACUAUAUAUUGAAAGUUUGUUAGCGCACAUGCAAGUUUAUUUAAGUUGCGGAAUGUUAAGUAGAGCAACCAAAACAUUAAUGAAAUACAGAAAAUAUAAGCAACACAAAUUUAAAUGUGAUCAACAGAUCGAACUUUAUAAUAUCCUUUUAGAAGCUUAUGCUUCUGAGGGAGAUCUUGAGAAAGUAAUAGAAUUGUAUCAUAUGAUAAAAAAAGAUUCCUUAAAACCAACACCGCAAACGUAUGUAUAUUUGUUUGAUGCUCUUGGAAGAAACAAUAUUGAUCUAAAGCAGAAAGCACUGAUGAUAAGAGUUCAAUGCGACAUGAACGAUAAUAAUAUAUCUUUUAAUGACAUCUUUACUAAAUCGCACUUCAAAUGCGGUCAACAAAACACUGUACUCAAUGCGAUUAGACAUCUAAAUCCAAAAUUUAAUCCAUCAUAUACUACGUUAAAUACGGAAUAUAUGUACAAUCUUUUAAGCAAUGUUUUUAAGAGGAAUGACUAUGAAAGUCCAGUUAAAGGUCUAGUAACAAUCGAUGAAUUAAAAGAUUAUUUAAACAAGCAGCUAGAAAACGAAUCAGCUCUCGAGGUGCAAAUAAAAAGCAUAGAAAAACCCAGCCUAGAGACAGGUGUUUCUAAACAUAAAGAAAGGUUGAUUGAAAUAGAAAACUACUGGAGAGAAAUAGCAUCAGCAGCCUUUAAAAGGAAUUUAAAGAGUUUAAAAGAGAAAGAAUGUCGAUCUAAAUCUUUGACGGUGUUAUGGCCGUUUUUCGAAGUAUUGAAUGAAGAAGACUACGUAAACGCUAUAUUACGAGAAAUUAAGCAUAUUGCUCAUGGUUCAGAAACUUAUAGCACAUCUCUUAAGCUGUUACAUGUUGACUUAGGAAAAUUUAUAUUUAGGAAAUACGAGAUUAAAAUGAAAAAACAGACUGGAGUAAUAGAUAAAAUCGUUAGCGUUUAUCAAAAGUAUCUGGAAUGGUAUCUAGAUCCUACAAGCGUCCCACAAUUAAAAAAUAUGAAUAAUCGUACUAUAUGGCAACACUUUGAAUGCGAGCAAAAGGAAUUUGGUACAUCUUUAGAUACUAUAUGCAUCAAUUGGCCUUCAGAUGUAAUCGCAGCUAUUGGCAAAUUUUUGUAUAAUAUUAUCUUAAACGAUAUAAUAAUUCAACCUGACAUGUUCAGAGGACCAGAAGUUAAAUGUUCUAUUCCUGCAUUCUAUACAUUAUUCAGAAAUAGGGGGAAUUAUUUAGCAGAACAGAUUAAGUCUCAUCCUUUAGUAUCGAAGUUGUAUAGGGACUCACAGGUAGAUAUGCUAACAUUUAGUUCGAUUCUUUUACCUUCUUAUUGUCCGUCGCGUCCAUGGACUUCCAUUUACACAGGAGGAUACCCUUUAACUAGAAUUGAAAUUGUAAGAGCUGCAGGUUUCUCGGAUAAUCCAUGGAAAAGACUUGUAAAUACUCCGCUGGAACAGUUGCAUCCUGUAUUAGAUUCUUUAAAUCAACUCAGUGGUAGUCCAUGGAUAAUUAAUUGCGCUAUACUUGAUAUCGUGAUCGAAAUAUUUCAACGUGGUGGUUCCGUAGAGUUGAACGUUCCUCAAUCAAUUUCUGUAUUGUGUCCUCCAGCUUCCAUAAAUAAAACUGCUACGUCUGAAGAAAAACGCAGUGCAGCAAUAUCAAUGGCAAAAUAUAAGCAAAGAAAGUAUGAAAUGUACUCGUUGUGGUGUGAUUCACUUUAUAGAUUAUCGAUUGCUAAUCACUUUAGAGAUAAAAUAUUUUGGUUGCCGCAUAAUUUGGACUUCAGAGGACGAGUUUAUCCUAUUCCUCCUCACCUAAAUCAUCUGUCAUCUGAUCUGGGUCGUUCUUUGCUCUUAUUCGCGAAGGCUAAACCUUUAGGUCCAAAUGGAUUGGAUUGGUUAAAAGUUCACGUUAUCAAUUUAACAAGCUUAAAAAAAUCAGCUUCUAUUAAAGAACGUCUCGCAUACGCGGACGAAAAUAUAGAAAACAUAUUAGAUAGCGCUGCUAAACCUUUAACGGGUAAAAUGUGGUGGGCGAAGUCAGAAGAACCAUGGCAAACUUUAGCAGGAUGUAUGGAGAUAGCGAAUGCAUUGAAAACGCCAGACAUAGAGAAAUACGAAAGUCGGUUUCCUGUGCAUCAGGAUGGAAGUUGCAACGGUCUUCAACAUUACGCAGCACUUGGCAGAGAUCAGAUAGGUGCCGAGAGUGUCAAUUUAUAUCCGUUUCACACACCAAAAGAUGUGUAUUCCACAGUUGUUUCUAUGGUCGAGAAACGACGACAGGAAGACGCUGAGAAUGGCAGUGCAAUUGCGAAAGUGUUAAAAAAUUUUGUGAAGAGAAAAGUUAUAAAACAAACAGUGAUGACGACGGUAUACGGUGUAACAAAAUAUGGUGCAAAAAGUCAAAUAGCAAAACAAUUGAGGGACUUAGAAGACUUUCCGGAAGAAUUUAUCAUGCCUGCUAGUAUAUAUUUGACCGAACAAACAUUUACUACUUUGAGAACAAUGUUCGAAAGCGCAAGAGAGAUUCAGGAUUGGUUCACAAUGUGUGCUCGAGUUAUUUCAUCUGUUUGCCGUGAAAAUGUAGAAUGGACUACACCUCUGGGCUUGCCCAUUGUACAGCCUUACAUUAAGCAGCAGAAAUAUAUAAAAAAACCUCUCAAAGGCAAAGAUAUACCAGAUACUUUGAAACAAAAGAAUGCGUUUGCGCCAAAUUUUAUACACUCUCUGGAUUCAACUCAUAUGAUGCUUACUAGUCUACAUUGUAGACAAGCAAACAUUGAUUUUGUCUCGGUGCAUGAUUGUUUCUGGACUCACGCUUGUACCGUGGAUGGUAUGAAUAAAAUAUGUAGAGAACAAUUUGUCGCUCUUCAUACUGAACCCAUUCUCGAGAAUUUAGCGGCGUCUUUUGUACAACGUUAUGAACCGAUUUAUAUGACACUACAGAAUAGAUACAAAAGUAUAGAAGAGAUACGUGAAUAUUUAACUAAAAUACCAAAAAAGGGCACUUUUGAUAUAAAACAUGUCUUGUCAUCUACUUACUUCUUUAGUUAAAAACCAUUACUAGCACUUUCUAUGUACAUUAAUGAGAAUAAUAAAUCAAACUUAAACAUUAUCUAGAAAUCACUA